AUGGAGGUGAGCGAGGGGGAAAGCGACGAAGAUGACGAGGACGACGCUGACGAUGAGGACGACAGUUGGAAUGACGAUGACGAAAACUACCUGUCGAACUCGCUGUCCGCGCUCAACAAGGGGGAGGCGGAAGAUAACGAACGGGUGCGGGGUACGCGAACGGACUUGGAGGUCCCCAUCGCGGACUGGAACAGGCUUGGCGUGGACGACACGCCGGCCGCGAAAAGAGAGGUGUGCAUGGGCAUCCUCUACGGUGUCUCGGAGGCCACGCUGAAGAAAUAUCGCGGUUGGGCAAGAGAGUACAAGCUCUUCAUGGCGCACGAGCUGCCAAAACUGGACGCGAAUAGGUUCGGUGAGGAGGCCGCGUUGGAAAACGCGAACCCCGACGAGAUCGGGGCCGCGCUCGAGCAGAACAUGGGUAGUGACUGGAAGAUGGCCAAGGGCGACGAGCAGUGGUUCCACGGCCCUGAGACGAAUCCGUGGAGGUUACGCAAAUACGUGACCUUCCUCGCGAACGAGACGGUCGCACAGGCGGACAGGAUGGCCACGCUCAAGCGGCCCGACAAGACCCUGAAGAAGAGACGCCAGUGCUCCCCUGCAAUGCUGAUGGGGCGUCUCAAGGCUCUGAACAUGCUCAUCAAGCUGGACGGGGCCAUCUUCAGGAAGCCCGUGCUGAAUUUGUUGCGCGACUUUGCGGAGUGUCGCAUCUGGGUCCGCGUUCAAGUACGCGACCAAUACAAGCGGUUUAUCUCGGAACACAUGGAUCGCCAUCGGGGCACGGCCGCGGACACGUACAACCCGGACGAGUUCAAGAAGAUGAUGCGGAAGACCAGCAUGUCCGCAAUCUUGAGCAGCUUCACACUAGCCAAGCAACAGUACACCCAGGCACUGCAUCGCGACCUCUGCAUCCGCACGAUGACCGUCCUCGGUCAUCACACACUAGCCCGCGGCUGCACGAUCAGAAACCUCCAGCUUCCAGACAUGAUGAUGUGGAAGCUCGGCGCAAAAUCCGAGACGGAUCCAGUGCGGAAAGCGUUCGCGUUUGUCUGCGCGUGCAGGACGGGCAAGACAAACAAGGACUUCUCGCUCAACUACAUCUCGGCAGUGAGACACAUAGACUGGACUCUGUGCGCGGUCGGAGCCACGCUGCUGUGGGUGCACUGGGUGUACGACUUGGUCCCCAUCCUCUACGGGGACAUAGCCCCCCCUCUCGACUUCACGGAACCCUCGACGUGGUACGACCAGUACCUCUUCUUCCCCCUUCGCGCGGGCACCGAGAAGCAGAUUCCGCCGACAACUCAUCACGACUGGGCGGCGAAGAUUCUGGGGGACGCGGGAAUCACAUGCUCGCGUGUGGUUCACGCGACCAGGGCUGGGGGGGCGCAGCACGCGUCCGCGGACGGAAUGCCCUCCGAUCAGCUGGCGAGACUGGGGGGGUGGCGCUUCAUCGACGUGAUGACUAAGCACUACCUCACAACUAUUCCGAGGGAGGCCGUGCUCCUGAAGGCUGGCUUCACAGGGGUUGAUGGUGACUACUUCCUGGGUCGCGCAGCUGUACUGCCGAGCGAGGCGCUGGAGAAGCUGCUGAGGAAGCACAUUUUCCCCUGGGCCGCCGCGGAUAAAGGGCAGAAACAGUGCCAUGAUUACAACAGCAAGAUGGUCAAAGAGAAGAAGCCGGAGAAGCAGGACACCGCGGGGCUAAACAUACUGAAGGAGCUGGAUGGCGAGGCUAGGAUGGCGGUCGCACAAGACCUGGCCAUGUAUUACAUACACCAGCCGCGACACCCGUACGUGGUCAACAACCCGCUCUGCCAGACAGAGGAAUUUGCGCGGUGGGCAGCAGAUGUCUCAUUGGCAAAUCAGCUGGCCAUAGUUCAGCCGGACAACACAAGGCUGGGCGUAGAGCUGGCCGCGACCCAGAGACGGGUGAAAGAGCUGGAGGGGCUGCUAGAAGAUCGCGACCGGAGGCUGGCUGAGAAGGACGAGCGCGUGAAUGACCUGGAAGCCCAGCUGUCGCGUCUCACCGUGAGCAGCUCAGGGCCGACCGCGGAUCCGAGUCCGGCAAACACUUCCGGAGCCGCGGCCGCGCCUACCAAUUCCGCAACCCCCACCGACCAGGGGACGCGUAAGAAACCAGCACAGCCGACCAGGGAAGAGACAAUUCAAGACGCGAUCAUGAAACCAUGGGUCAACGCGACCAAGCCGUCGGACGGAUGGAAGCUGUACAGGUCCACGCACGCGCUGGUCGGCGAGAGUCCAGAGUCGCUCCUGGCCCAACCCCGCGGUGCAGUUACGCGAAUGGCCGAGCUGAUUGGGAAGGAGGGAGGCGGCCAGAACGCGAUAAACCGUGUAAAGCGAGUCAUGGACUUCAUCUCCCGCAGGGUGGAGCAGGGAGACAACAUCGCGGUCGUGCUCGACAAGCUCGACCUCGUGUCUCAAGCUGUGGGCAUGUCGGGUGUGUCGGAAGGGAUCGCGGUGAAGAAGAAGAGUGUUGACCUGAACCUGAGCGAGCUGAAGAAGGGUUCCCCGGCGGAGGUGCAGUUGCGGGUGAAAUGGAUGCUUGUACGCGACCGCUUCAUCGAUGCCUCUCUUCCCGCGUCAGAGUUCCCGACCGCGUGGCCUCAGUACUGUGCCCAGAUGCCUCCGCUAGCUUAG